CUUGUAAAUUGUACGGGUGCGAGAUCGCAGUCCGUUGUGGUUGCUGUUGACUGUCGGCGUCUUCUUCAUCCUCUUCUUGAAAUCCCAGUGAAUUGCCGCAGCUCCCCCAAUCCGAGAAUGACCGCAGGAAUCCCAACUCGACUGUUCCUCUCGGCAGCAAGAUUACAAUGCUACGUCCCAGAAACGGUCGCUCCCAAGAUAGCUUGCGCCAGACCACUCCCUCGCAAGGUCCACACAUCUUCUUCUUUGGCAAGGCUUCGGCAGCAUCAGGCCGCAGUUGAAUACAAAAAGAGUCAGAUCAGGUCCCAUGUUCGAGCUCUGGAGCAAGGGCGGCGACGCUUUUCGACGAGUCCUGCCAGCCGUCAUGGCCAUCUCGAUCCACCGAAACCAGGAGAAGAGUGCGUUUUUUUGGGCAAUCAGCUUGCAAUCAGAAAGACUUGCUGACCUUGGUGUGAUGUACGAUAGACUGCACGUUACGAUAGUCGACAAAGAUGGAGAAAACCAUACAUUCGAAGUUGCCGCAGGGGACAAUUUGCUGGACAUUGCGCAGGCAAAUGAUCUAGAAAUGGAAGGUGCCUGUGGCGGAUCUUGCGCCUGUUCCACUUGUCACGUUAUCGUCGAAUCCGACGACAUGUACGACAAAAUCCCCGAGGCGAGCGACGACGAGAACGACAUGCUAGACCUGGCCUUUGGUCUGACCGAGACAUCGCGGUUGGGUUGUCAGGUACAGAUGUCGCCCGAGUUAGACGGGCUCGUGGUUAAGCUGCCUCAGAUGACGAGGAACAUGCAAGCCUCGGAUUUUGAAAAGCGGUAAUCGAAGGCGGUCUUCGUGUCACAUAAAACGACCUGUAUAUGUACUAUCAUAAACUAUCAUCGCUCUUAUCCUGGGACCCCCAAGACACAAUAAUGCCGAUACUGGGCC